AUGCUCAGUCCAUCAACGUCUAUAGAGAUUAUUCCUCCACCUAGUGAGCGAUACGCCGCGGACCCAGUCUUUCCGACGGUUCGCCUUCGCGUACUCGGCCACUCCGGGACCACCCCGCCCAUAGAUGCGGCGCAUUUGGACCGCGCUAAUGACGCGCCAGAUACGACAGCAGCGCUCUUGAAAGACCUCACGAAGCUCUACUCUUUACCAGUACCCGAGGAUUCCAACCCAGAAACACUUGUGUCUGCCAUCCGCCAGCAUCUGGAGGAGUUUGCGUCUAACGAGCGCCAAUCCAAGCAGGUCAUUAACGAGAAGGAUCGCGCAUACCAGGAGCUCCGUCAAGCGCACGACAAGACGUCCAGUGACAAUGAACGCCUGCGUGCCGCUCACACAAAUGCUCUUGGUCAGAUUGCGGCACAACACGAAGGUAACGCUCAGUCGCAGCGGACGCACAAGGUCGAACACGCAGCCGUAUUGAAGGAACGCGACGACUUGAAGAAGGCCAUCAGAACUGUGACCCAGGAGCGCGACGACGCCAACAACACGCUCAAUCGAGUGCGCACCGAGCGCAACACCUUUCGCAGUAUGUCCGAUAGGCUACGCGAGGAGCGCAACACCGCGCGCAGCGCGCUUCAGAAUCUGCGCGCAAGCCAAGCCAAUGUGUGCAAGACUUUAGGCCCCGCGCUUGAGCAUGCGGCAGUGUUCGAGGGACAAGUGAAAGAGUUCUUCCGUAAGAGGGACGAGCUGCAGAGCGAGAUGCGCGGAGGAAGCGCUCUGCCAGAUCUUUCAGUGUAG